GUCUAUGUCAUGCCUGUAAGACCCCUGAGGUUGGGGGUAGUGUGGCAACGUGUGUGGAGGGGUGGGUUAAGGACCAGGGAUCUUGUUUCUCUAAGCGAUUUUUUUGGGAAAAUAUUAUAUAAAUACGUUCAUAUAUAAGUGAUUAGUCAGAAAAAGAACCGAGAAUGUUCGAGGAAGCAAGUGAAGUGUUUGACAACAUGUUCAAGGGCUCAUUCCCGUUGACUUUCAUAGUCUUCAUCCCCGCCGUGUUGAUCCUGGUCUCACCACUACCCAUAGAGGCGGCCCACGAGUUUACGGUGUACAGAAUGCAGCAGUACGACCUGCAGGGACAGGCUUAUGGUACAAGGAAUGCUAUGCUGAACACAGAAGCACGAACAAUCGAAGCCGACGUGUUGAGCCGCCGGUGUGUGCUCAUGAGAUUAGCAGAAUUUUCAUUUGACAAAUUUCAGGAAGCCAUAAGACAAAGUGCUGGGGCAGUGGUGAUAAUUCUGCCCCAGAACAUGUCAAUGAUGCCUCAGGACGUCAUUCAGCAGUUUAUGGAGAUCGAGCCAGAACUUUUGGCUACUGAGACAAUUGUGCCAGUGUACUUUGCCUUGGAGGAUGACGAGCUCUUGUCAAUACAUGAACAAACACAUUCAGCUUCCGUCUCACAGGGCACUGCUUCAGCUGCAGAAGUUCUCUUGCAUACAGCCACAGCCAAUGGCUUCCAGAUGGUCACAAGUGGAGCCCAGAGCAAAGCCAUUAAUGACUGGUCAAUAACCAGCCUUGAGGGCAAAUUGACUGGUCUGGGUGGAGAGGACCUUCCCACUAUUGUAAUUGUAGCACACUAUGACUCCUUUGGAGUGGCUCCUUGGUUGUCUUAUGGUGCCGAUUCCAAUGGUAGUGGUGUGGCAGCUUUACUGGAACUGGCUAGGCUAUUUUCCAAACUCUAUACUUACAAGAGGACACAUGCUGGGUAUAAUAUAAUGUUCUUUGUUUCGGGAGGUGGAAAAUUCAAUUAUCAGGGCACAAAACGCUGGCUGGAGGAUAACCUGGAUCAUACAGAUUCGAGCCUUCUUCAGGAUAACGUUGCUUUUGUUUUGUGCCUUGACACGUUGGGUGGCAGUGAUGAUAGCCUAUACCUCCAUGUUUCAAAGCCACCUAAAGAAGCCACACCCCAGCACGCAUUCCUGAAGGAGCUAGAAACAGUGACCUCCAACAGGUUUCCAGAAGUCAAAUUCUCGAUGAUCCAUAAAAAAAUCAACUUGGCAGAGGACAUGUUGGCCUGGGAGCAUGAGCGAUUUGGGAUUCGCCGAUUACCAGCAUUCACAGUAUCCCGCCUAGAAAGCCAUAGAAACAGCUUGCGAACCAGUAUUAUGGACAUGAGGUCACAGAUCAAUAUUCAGAAAUUGUGUCGCAAUACCAAAGUAAUUGCCGAGGCACUGGCACGAGUAAUUUACAAUUUAACAGAAAAGGGUGCCCCAGAGGACCUUCAAAUCUUCACUGAACAAAUGCAACUACAGGAGGACCAGCUAUCAUCAGUACUUGACUGGCUAACAGCCCAGCCGAGAGCAGCACAGCUCAUUGAUAAGGAUAGCACCCUGAUCUCCACAUUGGAGUACUACAUGAAUCGAUACUUGAAAGAUGUCAAACGUCAUUAUGUGAAGGCAGACAAAAGAGAUCCAGAAUUUCUCUUCUAUGAUCAGCUGAAGCAAACCAUGAAUGCAUACAGGGUUAAGCCUGCCAUCUUCGAUCUGCUGUUGGCGUUGUGUAUAGCAGCAUAUCUUGGACUUACUUAUUUAGUUGCCCAGAAUUUUGGCUUCAUUUACAAUACGGUGCGAAGAAUCACUCUGAAGCAGAAGCAGCACUAACCACACCACGCUGUAUUAGCACCUUCAAGCAUUGGGUGGAUUCUUCCAGUGCAACGUUCCUAUGUUGUCAUGGCUGGAUCCAACCUACAGCACUGAGCCAAAACUCUGAUUAUGCAGCAUCAGCAACUUAAGGGUUGGAAGAUGUUCCAUAAAUAACGGCACUGUUACUGUUUGAUGUACAACAAAAUUCUCUUCUAUUUUAAUCCAAAUACAAUCCACAUUAAGCACUACUCAAACUGGGCCACUUGCCCUCUGAUAUUGUUCAUAGAUUAAGAACUUCCUGUAGAAUGAAAUCAGUCAUGGCUCGAAUGCAUGAAGGUAUGUUUUGGUUAUAAUUUGUUUAGCUGCCAGUUUUAAAGAUUCCAAGUAAAUUGAAUUGAGCACAAAGCCAUCCAUAAUUUGGUGCACUUGCUGAUCAGUUAAAACAGCUGGAGAGACACUUGUACAGAAGUUGUCUCUGGGGAUAUCAAAGUCUUUUGUCGCCUUGGGCUGUGUAAAUUUGCAUUGCCGUGUGCACUUGAAUGGAAUGCUUUGAGUCCCACGGAAUCCCAUUAUGGAUAAAUCCACGUUAUUAUUAAUUUCUUAUUUUCUAAGUUUCUGGUAUUACCUUAAGAAUUUACCUUAAGGAAGUAUUGUUUCAAAAUAUGUAAGGCCAAAAAAUUGCAAUGGGGGAAAAGGUAGUGAAAAGAGUCUGAUUACCGAAGCUGCCUCGAUUUGGAGAGAGCCAGUUUGCCUGUUCUUUGUGUGUAAUCCUUGUGUGCAAGUUGCACUGUUUUGCACUGGAGGGUACAUUAUAGCUGUGUACAAUGGAGGAAACUUUAUGUUGGGUCAAGGUGACCCUAAUCUAAAUAUGGCUGCCCAAAAGAGAAGGAGCUUCAUUUCUCAGCACUACCAUGUCUCAUUUUUUUAUGAGCACAAAAGAAUUAGAAUUUAAUCUUUUUGCAUUAUCAAGAAGUUAGAAGAAAAAUAAAGGUUGUUGAAAUUAGUUAAUCUAUCAGAAGUAACAGUGUAAAACUGUUGCAAAGGUUUAAUAUGACCCAGGUGCAUUGGUAACUCAAUAGAUCUGGACAAUCCAGGAUCAGGUGGAAAGUCUAGUUGACUUUUAUAGCCUAACCCACUACAUGUAAUGGCCACAUUACCCAGAAUGAAAUGGUUAGCAUUAGCUAUACUUAAGUUAGCUCUGCACUGACCAGGUUUUGAACCUGAGUCUGUAUUCAUCUGCCAGGCUAUCAAGAGAGCUAGGUCACUUGAAGUGCCUGUCUCCUCAUACAGGCCCAGUUUCUGCGAGGUGGUGUGGGAAAAAUAAAUCUAACAUUAAGAACAAAACCUCAAAUCUAUCUUCCUACCUUUUUAACCUGUAAGAAAUGGCAGCUUUUAUCCCAAGAAUCCAGUAUAUUAUUUCAUUCCCAGUCAUGUAUUGCAGUGAGUACGAAACAUUUUUUUUGAUAGGAACUUGAUGGGCCUUGUCUUUCCAUAUGAAUUGCUGCAUCUUCUGAACUGUUAUUUAUGUCUGCAUUGGUUAUUUGUUGAAAAUCAUUGGUUUUUGAUUUUUUUUUCCUAAUUUGUAAUGAAAUGGAUUAUGGGAUAACAGUUGAGUUGUAUUGAACACUGACAUUCAUCAUGACUGUUCUAUACAGCAGGAGGGAAAAAUAAAUUGAGGGGGAAAAUGGA